AUUCUGAACAAGUAGGCGGAAGAGAGAUAAGCGGGAGGUCAGUCAGGAACACAAAGAUACUGAAAACACACCCAGGAAUCCGAAAUUUUAUCGGACGUUCCCAAAAAAACGCCGUCAGGGUAUAAUCAUGUCUACCAACAACACAUGCCGAUUUGAAGAUCAAGGUGCCUACUCUGCUGUAGAGCCUGCACACGAGCACUCCCACUCGCACGAUCAUUCCCAUGGUCACUCUCACGACCAUUCUGUUAAUGAGCACGGUCAUACUCAUGAGCAGCUCGAUCAUCCUGGCGUUUACGAUGAGCGCGAGUCGACAGUCUAUGACCAACGCGAUUGGUCCGAGCGAGCUUUUACAGUUGGCAUCGGCGGCCCUGUCGGCUCAGGCAAAACUGCAUUGAUGUUGGCGUUGUGUCAAAGACUUCGUGACCAAUAUUCCAUUGCUGCUGUCACCAACGACAUCUUCACCAAGGAAGACACCGAGUUUUUGGUUCGUAACAAGGCUUUACCGGAGGAACGCAUUGCUGCCAUCGAAACGGGUGGUUGUCCUCACGCUGAUGUUUCUGCAAACUUGAACGCUUUAGAGGUAUUGCACGCCAAAUUCAAUACUCAGCUUCUCCUGAUUGAAUCUGGUGGCGAUAACUUGGCUGCUAAUUACAGGCAAGUACAUGAUCCAGUGCCCGACUUCAUCAUCUAUGUUAUCGAUGUUGCUGGAGGCGAUAAGGUUCCUCGCAAGGGUGGACCUGGAAUUACCCAGAGUGAUCUUUUGAUCAUCAACAAGACUGACCUUGCCCCCAUCGUUGGCGCUGAUCUUGAUGUCAUGGACAGAGACGCCAAGAAGAUGAGAGGAACUGGCCCAACUGUGUUCGCUCAGGUCAAAAAUGGUGUUGGCCUUGAUGAGAUUAUUAGUUUGAUUCUCGGCGAAUGGCGUGCAAGUGGAGCUAGUAAUGCUUAAAUGUACAAACCACAUGAGCAGCAAUAAAAUGAAAAUUCUGCUUGUAAUCACCUCCACCUUUAUUAAGUUGACGAACUACAUGACAUAAUUUGGUUUGAUACA